GACAGUGCACGAGCGCUGUCCAAUAAAAACACCGCUUUAUAAGGCAAGAAGGAAAUGAAUAAAUCAAUAAACUGCUGUUUUAUUAUUAGAGUUGUUCCAGCUGUGUAUAAUAGUAUCGCUCACUCCCAGCUGUCUGUAAUCAUGGAGAAAGAUGUGAAGCGUGUGAGCGGUGGAAAGGAGCGUUUCUGUUACGUUACACGAGUGGAGAGUUUCAGCGCGUGCCAUCGACUGCACAGCAAAUCACUGAGUGAUGAAGAGAACAAGAGAAUAUUUGGAAAAUGCAACAAUCCCAAUGGCCAUGGGCACAACUACAAAGUUGAAGUCACAGUAAAAGGAAAGAUUGACCAAAACACAGGAAUGGUGAUGAACCUCACUGAUCUUAAACAGUAUAUAGAGGAAGGAAUCAUGAAACCACUUGACCACAAAAACCUGGAUCUGGAUGUGCCGUACUUUGCUAAUACCGUAAGCACAACUGAAAACCUGGCAGUGUUUAUCUGGGAAAACAUGAUCAAGCUCCUUCCACCUAACAUGCUCUACGAGAUUAAGGUGUAUGAGACGGACAAGAACAUCGUUGUGUAUCGAGGGGAAUAAAGCAGUUUGUUUAUCUGAUGCCUGUUCAUUUCGGGCUGCACACUACAGUAAUGCGGUCAUUCUCAUUUCCACGAGGUGGCACAAGGAAUCCAACACCACAACCAUUUGUUCUCUCACACAAAUCUAUAACAAUCUCAACAAACCUGCUGUAUAUUGAAAGAAAUGUGCUGAUUAUUUAUCUCUGUUGGUUGGUUCCUUAUUCCAUUUUUUGUAAAAUGUUUCAUUUCUAGAAACGUUUUCUGCUGUUAGUAUACUUGAACUCGCAUUCCUCGCUGAGGACAGAACCCGCUUCCAGUGUGUUUCUGCUGAUUUUAUGCCGCUGUCUGUGGUUUGCCCUGGAGUUUUGAGACAUGCAUGUUCACAAUGUUCGGUAAUAUGUAUGAAGAUGUAGAUAAUCAGUGACCGAGGAAGUAAAUCUAAGUGUCUAUGAAGCACUUCAGAGGAAAUCAGUCUACAAAUCAAAAAUGACUACCUAGCAAUUUAUAAAGCUGGUAAAAGAGUUAAAGCUUUGCCUUUACACAUUCCAGUAUUAUGUUUUUUCUUUCGAUUUUAUCAUAUUUGGUUCAUUUUCUGUUCAUAAAAUGUGCCUGCAAUAAUCUUUCAUCCAUCCAGCAUAGAAUAAGUCUGUAAAUAUGGGUUCUAAUUGAUUAAUGUCCUGUGCAGUACUAAUAUUGCAGAUUACUUCAAUACUUCUUAGUGUUACUUCACACAUUUUCUUGCUAUUCAGUAAUUAACAGUUUGAGACAUGGUAUGUUUUUGUGGAUCUGAUCAAACAAACGGAUGAAAUAAAUUUUGCUCAGAUUAUUUCAUGAUGGUCUUUAAUCAUGACAUGUUACAUAAGCAUCUGUUUAAAUGGAUGGCAAUACACCUAUAAUAAUUCAAUUUCACUGCAAGUUGCAUACUGUAUAUAACUGUGUACAUGACAAAAAAAAAAAUCUUGAAUACCAGAAUGUUUUCAUUUUUGUGUUAUUCUUAUGUGGCUUGAUUGUUGUAGAAAAAAGAAAAUUAAAUAAAUAA